CUCAGUCGACAAUUGACGUCAAAGCAUGCAAUCCCUAUUGAGCUCGUACCAAGAUAGUGACGAAUCCGCAGCUGGGUACUCGGAACCUAAAGGUGCCCUUGGCCAGGGCUUGCUUGGGGACGGUAGUAUUUCGUCCUCGUAUUAUCAAAGCCGCGGCCAUACGCGAAUGGUUUUUGUCGGAGGGCUGCUCUGCUGCCUGGCCUUGAUUCCGCUCGUGAUGUCACCAACGAAGCCCGAGAGUUUCGGUCUCACGGACGCCGCCUCGAACGUGGUCACGGCAAUUCCAUCCAUUCAUACUGGAAGCCGCUUUCGACCCGAAGUCGGCGAUGACUUCAAUUUUACCAUGCCAGAACGCGAAGGCGAGCCUGAACUUGUCGAUGCAGAACCGACGGUAGAAUCAAAUGCACAACUGCCAGUAGCCGAGCCCAUUCCAAGUACCACCCCUGAGCCUUCCGUCGACGUGAGCGCUGUGGACGCGCUCGUCCAAUCCACCAAGCAUGAAUCGGAUGCUGCGUCGACGAUGCCGACUCUCGUCAUUGACGACACAACUCCAGGCGUCGGCGCCCCUCACCAUGGACACUUCACGUACCCACCAGAGUGUUCGGAAGCUGAUAUGAUCGCGGUCGCAGCCAACCUUCCAGUGUCAGAAGAAUGCCACACCGCGUACAAGUUGUUUGCGUUGGAACAGGGUGGAAAGGCAUUGAUCACCCGCAAGGAUGAGGUGCUCCCGUCCACCGAGUACCCCGUCGAAUGCUCGGCCGACGACGUUGCCGCGCUCGACAUUGCGUCUGGCGUUGUACAAAAUGCAACGGUGUCCGCGGAAUGUGCUGAGGCAUACGAGGCCGUUCGACAGACCCAAUUGCAUCUCCAUCUUGAAUCCCUUGAAGCUGAACUCGCCCAACUGCGCGCUCAACUGGCAUCUACCGAUCCUUAACCUGCAUCGUUACGAGUCGAUUUUUGAACAACUUUAUGUGUCUAUCCA